AUCGUAGAGAAAACAUGCUAUAUAAAAAAAGAAGACAACCUAAAGCUAAUAUGUUUGAUAUAACGUGAGGCCAGAGCAACGACGGGACGGCGGCGAAAGAGACAAAAAAAUUAUAACUUAGUGUAGAGAAAAAAAAACGCAAGAGGCAACACGAACACGUAACAGGAAAAAAUUUGUUCAGUUGCAUGGAAAGGAUUAGAAAAUGAGCAACAACAUGAACAUAAACAUAAACAGACCCAGUCUGGAUUCAUUGGAAGAGGAGGGGCAGGCAGAUGAAGAAAUUGAACAAUUGAGCGACAGUUCAAGCAGCAGCAAAGCGAGCAGCAGCACAUCUCAUUCGUCGCCAGGCAGUAAUUCUGUGGAAGAUCGGCAAGAGCCGGAUGUGGAAAUUGAUGAUGAGGACUUAAGUGAUGAGGAUUCAGUUACGGGUUCAGAAGACUCCGAUGAUGACGAAGAUGAGGACGAUGAUGAUGAUGAUGAUAAUACAACGUGCCAAUCGGACGAAUUGGAGCUGGCACAAUUAACUGAACGAGAUAUAUUCCGGGUACCACGAGGCCUCUGCGAGAACUCUACCAUUUUCCAUGAAUUCUUUUCACUUGAGACUUGGCAAAUGUUGCCGUUGCACAUGCAGGCCCGUCUCCAGUCCUUCCUGCCGCAAUUUAAUCCGCCACUAAUGCCAGCCGCUCAGGCCAGUGCCGAACAGCAGCGUACUCUGGUCCAGCUUUUCAAUGGCGGUCUCCAGCGCUUUGGCAAAUCGCCGCUCAUUCAGCUCCAACGCCAACUGGAAGAGGGCAAUCUGAGACCUGAUGUCCGGCAAUUACGUCGCAGCAUUGAAAACUCCAAACGUCGCGAACACCAUUUCCAACAGGCCGAGCGACUUAGCCAAUUGGCCAAAGAUCUAUUCCUAUCUCGGGAAGAAUUACUACAGCAUGCAUAUUCAUCAGCUCCGCCUUCCACUGAUGUUAAUGGUUGGUCUGCGGCCUUAAAGCUUCCGUUGGUGCGAUCACGAAAACGUAAGACUCCACCUACAUUGCCUGUGGAGAAUAAGUAUUGUCUGCAACGUUCCAAGAAGCGUUAUACCCAGGAAUUAAGAAGUAUCCUGCAAGAAUUAAAGAUUCAAUCCACUGAUUUGAGUGCCGACGAAGAGGAUGGAGAUUCACUCGAGUUAAGGCGUACAAUGGACGACGCAAAACUGAUAGAACCGCAAGAUGUGGCCAAUAAUACCAAAGCCUCGAACGCAGCCGACAAGAAAUGCAUUUACAAUACGUUUUUCAAACGUCAUUCCGGUGCAGAUGAUGAGCUUAUCCUUCGACGCAUGCAAGCUGAUAGAAUACCCCAGUUGAAUGAUCGUAAUUUUAGGAAAUAUUUAAGAGACUACAAGCGACGAAAAUUGGAGCAACCGGAUCUAGCUGAUUUUGACACAACAGAUAUACGUCUUCGUGAUAUAUGCACUCGUGCCCAAUUUGUGGGUAACUUUAAGCCCGGGCGAAAGCCCAAGGCAUUGAUGGCCCGACUGAAUGCUACGCCGAAUGCUAAACAAAAUGUAAAUCCCAAUUCAUCAAAGACACACACAGAGCCUCCGGCAUUAGUUCCCAUUGGUAUACCUGGAACUGCUUCCUCCACUGGCGACGAGGAACUACUGAAAGAUGAGCCACAAACGUUAUAUGGGCGUCAAGCCGUCGAGGAGCACGUCGUCGUUGAUGGUCAUUCGCCUAAACUUCCAAAACUAGAGCCACUAAGUGGAACUGUGUCUGGCCAAAUUGGUCAUAUAACAGGCAGCCCAACAGUUGGGCAAGCGAAUCCAACUGCAGUACCUGACACUUCCCAUGCUUCUGGCGCGAGCGCUGCUCCUGCAUCUGCAUCCGCACCAGCAACAGCACCAUCCCGACCUUUGAGUUUACCCCGUCCCGUUUGCUAUUUCUCCUUGUUAAGGGAUUUAUUCGUUUCGACACCUCAACACCGUUUGACAUAUGGAGAACUUCAAGGCUUGGUGACCAAUUGGCGGGAUAACAGCAGCAAUAGUCACUCGAAUUCUGCCACUUUGGAAUGGAUGCGUCAUAUGCCGGAAUGGUCGAUGCUUCUGCAAUCGGCUGUUAAUUUUCUAGCUGGAGAUUUUCCAACUUUGCCAGUGGAAUAUGUUCCAUAUAUAGAUUAUAAAAGUCAGCUGGGUAUCUACCAGUGGAUUGGAGCUGGUCGUGAUCUUGAUGCCCGACUCAUUUCCCUGUGUCAAUUCUGGCUGCAGCGUCGUAAAGAUGAUGAAAAGUUAAAUGCAAAAAUUCGACAGUCAGCUAUCGGAAGCCAGUCCGCGUUGAGUGCAGAUUCAUUACCCACUCCGCCGCCCCGUUGUCCCACCAGUUGGACCGUACGUACUGCCAAUCAGGCCGAGAUGUUGGAAUUCCAACGACAAGAGCGUCUACGUUUUGAGCAUCCUCAUCGUCCGUUUACGUAUCGUCUGAAUGGUUAUGAAAGCGUUGUCGGUCCUGUCAAGGGCAUUUAUACCCAAAGUCUGCCCCUGAAUAAGGCGCGCGGACAUGCUGUAAUGGUCGAUGAUCGUCCGCCGUAUGUGACCAUAUUAACUUUGGUUCGUGAUGCCACAGCCCGUCUACCGAAUGGCGAGGGAACGCGUUCUGAAAUCUCAGAAUUGCUCAAGUGCUCGCAGUACAUUAAUAAACAGGCAGCUGAAAAUGUUCUUCAAACGAUAGUGAGUGGAGCUCUAGAUCGUUUGCAUGGUGGUCUAGAUCCUUGUGUGAGAUACGAUGCUAGACGUAAGAUUUGGAUCUAUUUGCAUCGCAAUCGCGGUGAGGCGGAAUUCGAGAAAAUGCAUCGACAUAAUCAAACGUUGGUGAAACAAAAACAGCAGCAACGGAAGCUACUGCAGCAGCAGCACCACCACCAUCAACUAAUGGUGGUAAAAACGACGCCAAACAAAAAGGACGAGGAUGGCGAAGCAUUGGAAGCAGCAUUACCAGCAUUAGUGCCGGCAGCAGUUAGCCAAGCAUCGCCAUUGAUGACCAUUAAGAAACCGUUGCCUGUUAAAACAAGUCCACCAGUGCCGCCUUUGAAAUAUCAUAUACCACCACCAACUGCCGCCUCCCAAAGUCAUAUCAAUCCCACGCAGAAAUCACUGCUUAAGCCAGCAACAGGAGGAGCGGGAGUCGGAACACCUACGUCUGCCCCUGGUAAAUUGGCAUCUAAUUUUGCCAUUACCAAAAUUAGUCCCACUCGUCAUACCACACCCAUUCUGGUAUCAACACCCACGGGUCUUCAGACUGUGCAUGUGGCCACAAAUGCCAACUCUGCUAAUUCCCCUCUAACUAGUAGUCAACAAGUGGCUAGUGCUGCCAAAAAGUUAACAAUUAAGAAAUCUUCAGCCAUAGGCAAUUUUAUCAUACCCCUGGAACAGGCGCACCAACAACAGCAACAACAACAACAAACAAAGACUGUGACGAUAUCGGCACGCCAGGGAACGCAGUUGCCCAAAAAUUUUAUACGCCUCUUGCCCACUGCAGCAGCUGGAACUGGAACAGGCGGAGCAGCUGCUGCUGCUGCACAGACAAAGCCAACUUCUGUUCAAAUACUAGGUCAUCGUGUUUUACCGCAACAGCAACAACAACAAUCCCCGGGGACGAUUCGUUCUUUGCAACAGAAAAUUGGAGCCGUUUCAAUUAUGGCCAAUAAGACAAUUACAGGCACUAGUGUGGGCGUGGCAUCUGGCAGUGGUUCAGGUACCAUAGUCAGAAUGUCGCCACAAGCAUUUGCUUCACUGCAGCAGCAGCAACUUAAACAAAAAGCCAACGCAAGCACUUCAAAUACAAGCAAUUCAGCGGGCCAAUCUCCACAACAACAGCGAAUAAUAGUGGGAAACACUGCAAUUUCAUCGAACAAAAGCAUUGUCUUUCAGGCAUUGCCCAAAACCGUGCCUAAAAUACUCACUACCAACAGUAGCAGCAGCGGAGGCACCCACAAGCAACCCACAGCGAAUUUAUCAUCCCAGCAGCAAAGGAUUGUUUUGCAGAAUUUCAAGCAGCCGGCAACAGCCAGCGCCACAACCUCCUCUUCGCAGACUAACACAAAUGCUACACGUAUAAUACGUACAGCAGCCACGGGAAAUGGUACAAAUCAAGUGACUACAGCUGGUGCAGCACCUACUGGUGGUGGUGGUGGUGGUGGUAAUAUCAUCACUUUGGAUAGUCUUAUACAAAAGAGCAAUGCCACUGCCACAACUGGCAAAUUAAUAACAAGCGGUAGCAAUAUCAUCCAACUGGCCGCCACCUCUACAACGGGCAAUGUCAUUACAUUGACGCCCAAUCAGAAUCACAACCAGGUGGCCAAACCACGUAUAGUAACCACAACAGGAGCAGGAGUCGGAGGCGGAGGCGGUGUGGUACCAAAGAUUAUUGGUAAAACGACUGUAUUGCCCGGCAAACCUCUAUUGCUGCAAGCCAAGACACUAAAGCAUUUGGGAGCCGGCACACCUGUUAACAAUCAGGUGGUGACAACGGCAACGCCAGCCAAAACAACUCAGAGUAUUGUGAUCGGCGGACAGACGGUGAAACUGCAGGGGGCGUUGCCCGCUCGAGCAGCAAGUGGUGCCAUGCAGACGGUCAUAAUGGGCAAUCAAUUGCUACGCCUGGCACCUGCCACCCCCAAUAGCAACAGUAAUCCUGCCAGUGCCACCAAUUCAGCCGCCUCUACCAAUAGCCUGCCAUCGCCUACUGUCACAACGCCAAAGACCCUGCUAAUUGGUCCCGGUGGAGCUCAAACACUACGUUUGGGUAAAAAUGUUCUGCUGGCCAAUAAAUUAACCAGCACCGGAUCAUCAGUGCCAGCCGGCGGCACCAAUAACAGCACAAACACUGCAACUGCCACAGGUGGAAACAAUCUGGUAUUUGCCGUCCAGGGUAACGGUGGUCAAUUGUAUUUCUCACAUGGAUUGCAGGGUGUCAACUUAAAGCCACUAUCCGGCAUGAAAGUGAUACCCAUGACAAGCACUGCAAGUGGCGCAAAAGCGCCUGGUGAAGGAGGCGGCGCAACAGUUGCCAUAGCCGGCAAAACCAUGACUACAAAGCUGUUGCCAGCUGCGGUUCUCAAGACGACAACAACAACAACAACCAGUGGGAAUGCUAAUUAGAAAGAAGUCCGUGGAGAAGUGGUGGCCACAGAUGCUGCUUGUGUUUAUUUAAGCCCGUUGUUUUUUUUACUUUCUACUCUGCAUCUUUAGUUGAGAAUUAUGAUUAUGAACUAUAUUUUUCGAUAUUUUUUUUUUCGUGUAUUGUAAUUAGUGUAGGCAAAAAGUUGAAUUGCAAUUAUUAUUGCUUUGUAAUUUAGGAUAACCCCAGGAUUUACCAGUUAUAUAUACAUAUAUGUACAUGAAAACACAAAAGAAAAUAUUUUAAAUCAUAGCGAACCUCUAAUAAAACUCAAGUGAAUCAAAAUGAA